AUGGCGCAAUACACGAAAGAGACAACUGUCAAACUGACAGAUAUUCAUUGGUCCCAGACUUCUGAGAUCUGUGACCAGAUCAAUACACCUAUUCCCAAGAAUGGCGACGAAACAGCAACAGCGUCCAUGUGGCUGAUAAGGUUGGAGCGCGAUUUUGACGGAGUACUUUCCAUCGACCGGCGAACUUUUCUGGAGAUCUUUGACAACUUCGGGUAUGAUCCGUACUGGCUUAGCAUGAUACUGUCUUCGACAUACGGGUUCUUUUCUCGACUGAAGGAAGGUGGCACACAGUAUACUUACUACAUACAUACGGUGUCGUAUACGAUGCUGUGGACUUACAACCCUCAUGAGACGACAACCAAAGCCGUGCUCAUACCCCGAGAACAUUCCCGGUAUCCUGAGCAGAUCUUCAAGAGUUUUAUACAGACCGUCGUUCACCACAAGGAUCUUGUGAGCGACUCGCGUUUCUGUUCUUUUGUGUGUGCGGUAGAGGUGGUCCGUUGGAUCGAAGGCACUGCUUUCGAAAACUUGGGCCGCAUUCGAUCCAUAGAGGUUGACACUGGGCAUGGCGCAUGGCAUGAGGUGCAGCACGAUUCUCCUCCAAGUACGGAUGAGCUAAUGGAGGAUUCUAAGCGGCUAGGAUUCGUACUUACAGCACUUGCAAAUGUCUCCCGGCACGCUUGCAUUGUAAGAGCAAUCCUCAACGACCUUGCAUCAGCCCAACCGUUGUCAUCUAAUCGUCCGGCGCUUGCGCAAUCCUCGAACACUACCAGCGUUCCAAGCCCCUUCGAUGACAUUCUUGUCGCUGCAUCGAUGUUGGAAGGCCAGACACAAUCGGGCGAGCUGCAGGCAGGUUAUCUCCAGGAGCGUGCCCGCACGCAGCAGGCUGUAAUAUUCAACCUCCUCACACGCGAAGAUGCUAAAAGUAGCAAGGAGAUCGCACUAGCAGCACGAAAGGACAGUUACUCGAUGAAGACUAUCGCCAUAAUGACCAUGAUCUUCCUGCCACCCACCUUCUUCGCUACUCUAUUCGCUAUGCCUUUACUGAAGUGGGACGGGCCAAAGGUUGUACAACCAAACUUUGGGAUCUACUGGGCUGUCUCUUUACCGACUACUGUGGCAGUACUUCUGAUCUGGCAUUGGAUGUCAUCUGAGAAGACAAUCUUCGCUAGGCGAUGGACGUGGAUCAAACGCGGAAGGCACGAGAGUGAUGAGAAUGUUGACCUUGAGAAGGCUCGAAAUGACUUGGAAAUGUUUCGCUGGAAUGGUCUGAGGUACAGAUCGAAACAGUAG